CGAAUCCGCAGCAGAGCAGGUGUACUAUUGCAGAGGGCGGUGCAGUGUUGUGGAUGCACUGGCCCAGUAUUUACAGCAUGGUGAUGUGCUCUCCACGAAGGUCAAGGAACCAUGGCUGCAAAAGAACGGCUCGGCAGGUCGAUCCUGAUCUUCACUCUGGCACAUCGAUUGUUUGCAUUCGUCUUACUACAGCUAUGUGGGCAGCUGUUGCCCUCCUUUGAUGCUUCAGCGAGCAUACUGCUCCUCUCGGUGUCACCGUCGCUUAAACCAUGGCUUGUACCGCUCGUGCGCUGGGACACGCUCCAUUUCUUGGGCGUUGCGUCCCCAAAGGCACUCUCGCGAUUUGGACAGGCUUUGCCCGGAGGCUAUGCGUAUGAACACUCGCUGGCUUUCCAACCUGGUUUGCCUGUUCUUAUGCGCCAGCUCGGGUCUUCUACCCACGGCACAUGGUCGCUCCAACAAAGUAUCGUGAUGUCCACACUACUUGCAUGGGUUUGCUCAUGCCUUUCGCCGUGGCUGCUCUUCCAGUUGACAGCCCGGCAUUUUUCAAGCAUAUAUUUUGCAUAUCUUGCAUCUCUUCUGUCGAUACUCUCGCCCAGUCCCGCAAGCAUGAUCAUCCCAAGCCCAGAAGUUUUCUUCUCAUGCUUUGCGGUCGUCGGCCUGUUGCUGUUAGCGCCGCCGCCCCCGAGCGGACGUGGACAGCAGAAACCUUCGUUCAUCAAGCAAUGCAUGGGGAUAAUCGGGGGCUCCUUUGCAUUCGCGAUCUGCACCGCUUUUCGAGCGAACGGCAUCUUAUUAGCGGGCUUCCUACUGUGGGCUGGUCUCUGGCAGCCAGCGCUGCAGUGCCAACCGACGCUCGAGCGCGUCGUCCUGGGCGUCGCUGGCAUCAUUGGCUCUAUCGUUGCGGUCGCUCCCUUUGCUGCAGGACAACUGUGGGCGUACGGAAGAUUCUGCAGGUAUGCUGAAGAGCCGCGACCGUGGUGUGACGGCAAACUUCCGCUGGUGUACAGCUUUGUGCAGCGCGAUUACUGGGACGUCGGUCUCCUGCGCUAUUGGUCUCUAGGCCAGCUUCCCAAUUUUCUCCUCGCCGCACCGGUCCUGCUGCUGAUCGGCUGGAGCCAUCGCUAUUCACGCGACUGUUGGCGCAUGUCGGCCCGCUCGGUACUGGCUCCAUGGGCUGCAGACGCUUACGCCGCAUCGGCACCCUCAGCACGAUGCCACAGCUCGCCGACGAGUAUCAGGGUGUUCGCACUUGACGCGAUAACCUCACCGUCCGCAUUACCGCACGUCAUCUAUCUCUGGGCUAAUGGUGUAUUGCUGCUGUUUGCGAGUCACGUCCAGAUUGCAUUGCGUUUUGCCAGCCCCGGGGGCCUGCCGGUCUUGUGGUGGUCGGCAGCCGAUAUUUUCCUUUUGGAAGACACAAGCCCGCCAACAACUGCAUCAUCACCAACGUCAUCGCCCUCGUCGGAGGCGUCGGUAUCAGCAUCGCCGACAUCGCGGCAGGGGGACAAAGGGAGGCUCCAUGCUCAGCUGAGUAGGAAGGGGUCGUGGCUGAUGUCCUAUCUUGUUGGGUGGAAUAUCGUCAGCCUCAUACUGUAUGCUGGCUUCUAUCCACCAGCUUGACGCUGGCUAGUAAGUACCCUUUACAUGUACGUUUUAUCAUUUCAAAGCAAGCAGGCCGAUGCUGCCGAGGUAACCGUCAUAUUCGGCUGCGCGUGCGUGCCCCGUGCAAGCUAUCCAUCUC